AGCAGGAACGGCAGAGCGAUCGGUGACCAACAGCAGCAGCAGCAGCAGCAGCAGCAGCAGCAGCAGCAGCAGCAGGAGGGUGUGGGGUGUGCUGCGCGCAGGCACCAGUGGCAGUGGGUGGUGCUGCUGCCGUUCAUAGACAAGAAGCGGCUGCUGGCAGCAGCGCAGCAGCUGGAAGGCAAUUUGCUGCCGGAGGAGCAGCAGCGGAACUCGCUGUCGGAAACUGAGGUGUACGUACACCGCACGCACCCCCUAGCAGCAGCAAUUCAGCAGCUGCUGCCCGCCCACGGCCGCGGGCUGCUGCCGGGCGAAGAGCCCGACUGGGCAGCAGCAGCAGCAGCAAGAAGAGUUCCCCGCGGGGUGUGGGGCCCCGGUUUGCUGCUGCCAACCAGCUGCAGCAGCGGCCUCGCCGGCCGCCUCUUCUACUGCGAAGCAGCAGCAGCAGCAGCUCCCGGCAAGGUCCUCCACAGCCCAGAUGAGUCGAGGAAGGAAAGGGCCUUCAACGGGGCAGCAGCGCGCCGCAUGGUCAUGUUUGCACUGGGAUGCGGCCGCCAGCAGCAGCAGCAGCAGCAGCAGCAGCAGCAGCAGCAGCAGCAGCAGCAAGGAUGGAAUGGAGCAACUAACGGCAACCGCUACCAAGGCAGGGGCCCCCAGGGGCCCCACCAGUACGCCGAGCAGCAGUAUGCGCAGCAGCAAUACUCGCAGCAGCACUACUCGCAGCAGCAGCAGCAGCAGCAGCAGCAGCAGCAGCAGCAAAGGCUGGAGCAGCAGCAGUUCAGGGGGCCCCUCCCUCCCCAGCUGUGGAGGCCCCCCUACGGCGGGGCGCAGCACCCCGCGUCUGUACACCCUGCUGCUCUUGCUGCUGCUGCUGCUGCUGCACCACCCCACAUAAUCCCAGUGGCUAUGCGGCUGCAGCAGCAGCUAAACCCUAUGGCUUGCCAAGCUGGGGGCCCCCCUGGCAGCAGGUGGAAUGGGGGGAGGCCCCCAGUGGGGCCCCCGCAGGACCCCUGGGCCUCUUCGAGUGCCUACGGGGGGCCCCCUGGGGGGCCCCCCUGGGGGCCCCCCGGGGGACGCCCAGGGGGCCCCCUGAACCCCCCGAGAGACCCGCGGGGCAGAAGGCAGCCUGAAAGGCCCCUCUCGGGGGCCCCUUGGCAGCAGCAGGGGCCCCCUGGGUAUGGAGGGUACGGCGCGCAGCAGCAGCAGCAGCAGCAGCAGCAGCAGCAGCGGCCGCCGUGGGGCUGCCCGGCGAACUCCAUGCAGCAGCAGCAGCAGCAGCGGCAGCAGCAGCAGCAGCAGCAGCGGGGAGACAACAACGGCGCGGCAGCAGCAGAAAGGCAGCAGCAGCAGCAGCAGCUGCUGCUGCUGCUGCUGCUGCUGGUACUGCGGCGCGAAGAGGACGCACAGAGGCCCAGAGAUAGCGGUAGCUGGCAGCAAGGGGCAGAAUGCAGCGCAGCAGCCGCAGCAGCAGCAGCAGCAGCAGCAGCAGCAGCAGCAAAGGCCAGAGGCAGCUGA